GUGGGGGAAGGAGCGUGACUAGCCUUCGGUUGCCCUAUCUCUAUGUUGUUCUGCGCCGGCGGCCGCCCCGCGUUCAUAGAGAUAAAGAAAGCUCCCUCACGGCCUUUCCGCUUCAAAGGUUCUAAACUUCCGUGGCCCUGCGCGCAUGUCACGAGGCGGGACGAAGAUGGCGGCGCUCGGCGGCGGCGGCUUCCGGUGUCCGGCGAUCCGUUGAAUGGGCGAAGCGAGGAAGUUAGUUCCGGAGGAAGGCUGCUCCCGCGGGUGAGAAGUUAGCUCUGUUUCUUGGCUUGCGCAGCUCUCGAACCCUGUGCUGUUCACUCUUGCGCGGUGAGUUCCAGAGACGUCGCUGAAGCAGCAGCAGCAGCAGCAGAAUGACGAGCGAGGGUAACGAAACGCGGAACCCCGCGGAAGGUGGACCCCCCAAACUGCAGUUUGUCCCCUUCAGCAGCGCCUUGGAUGCUGGCUUUUGGCAUGAGUUGACGCAGAAGAAGCUCAAUGAGUACAAGCUCGACGAGACCCCCAAGGCGAUCAGAGGCUAUUACUAUAAUGGAGAUCCUGCUGGUAUGCCAGCUCGUUUAACACUGGAAUUUAGUGCUUUUGAUAUGAAUGCCCCAACACCAGCACAUUGCUGUCCUGCUAUUGGAACAUUGUAUAACACCAAUACUUUGGAAGCAUUCAAAUCCUGUGAUAAGAAGCUUCUUCUUGAGCAAGCCGCAAAUAAGAUAUGGGAUGCAAUAACAUCAGGGACUGCUGUUGAGAAUCCUGUCUUACUGAACAGAUUUAUCCUAUUAACAUUUGCUGAUUUGAAGAGAUAUCGUUUCUAUUACUGGUUUUGUUAUCCUGCACUUUGUCUCCCAGAAGGUAUCCCUUUGAUUCAGCAGCCUGUGUGCCUAGGUGCAAAGUUCUCUGCUACUCAGAUUGAAGCUCUCCAGAAUGCAUAUGAUGAACUUUGUCAGAAAGAAGGCCUUACAGCUCUGCCUUUUUUUCUAAUCAAGUACCACGACGAUUCUGUUCUUGUCUCCUUGCUCAGAAACUGGGACGACUUCUUUUCUGAUCCCAAGGAGAAGGUGACAAUUGGUGUUUACGAUCCCUGUAAUUUUGCCCAGUAUCCUGGUUGGCCACUGAGAAACAUCUUGGUCCUGGCAGCACACAGAUGGGGCAGCCACCUUCCUUCUGUUCAAGUGCUCUGCUUCCGAGACAGGACCAUGCAGGGAGCAAGAGACAUUUCACACAGCACCCUUUUUGAAAUAAAGCUUCCACAAGUGACACAGAAUUCAGGUUGUCCAAAAGCUGUUGGAUGGGAGAAAAACCAAAAAGGAGGCAUGGGCCCAAGAAUGGUCAAUCUGAGCGAGUGCAUGGACCCGAAAAGGUUAGCUGAAUCAUCGGUGGAUCUUAACCUUAAAUUGAUGUGUUGGCGGUUAGUGCCUACUCUUGACCUGGAGAAAGUUGUGUCUGUGAAGUGUCUUCUCCUAGGAGCUGGUACGCUGGGUUGUAGUGUAGCCAGAACUUUGAUGGGAUGGGGAGUCAGGAAGAUCACAUUUGUGGACAACGCAAAGAUUUCUUAUUCCAACCCUGUGCGGCAACCACUCUAUGAAUUUGAAGACUGCCUCGGGGGUGGGAAGUCCAAAGCACUUGCAGCAGCAGACAGGCUCCAAAAAAUAUUCCCAGGAGUGAAUGCUGAAGGUUUUAAUAUGAGUAUCCCAAUGCCAGGUCACCCAGUAAAUUUUUCUGACGUCACCUUGGAGCAGGCCCGCAAGGAUGUGACACAACUGGAGGAGCUCAUUGAUGCCCACGAUGUCAUCUUUUUGUUAAUGGACACCAGGGAAAGCCGGUGGCUUCCUGCUGUUAUUGCAGCUAGCAAGAGAAAGCUGGUAAUCAAUGCUGCCCUGGGAUUUGACACCUUUGUUGUGAUGAGACAUGGACUGAAGAAGCCAAAGCAUCAAGAGGUGGGCGAUUCUCCCUGCAAUAAUCCUUCAGCUUCAGCCGAUCUUCUGGGAUCAUCGCUCUUUUCAAAUAUCCCUGGUUACAAACUUGGUUGCUACUUCUGCAAUGACGUUGUGGCACCGGGAGAUUCCACCAGGGAUCGGACAUUAGAUCAGCAGUGCACAGUCAGUCGACCAGGAUUAGCCAUGAUAGCAGGAGCCCUUGCUGUGGAAUUAAUGGUAUCCAUUUUGCAGCACCCAGAAGGUGGCUAUGCCAUUGCCAGCAGUAGUGAUGACAGAAUGAAUGAACCUCCCACCUCUCUUGGGCUUGUGCCACAUCAGAUCCGAGGGUUUUUAUCAAGAUUUGAUAACGUCCUUCCCGUCAGCCUGGCUUUUGACAAAUGCACUGCCUGUUCUCCCAGAGUCCUUGAGCAAUAUGAAAGAGAAGGCUUUAAUUUCUUAGCAAAGGUUUUUAAUUCCUCACAUUCCUUCUUGGAAGAUCUCACAGGUCUGACUCUGUUGCAUCAGGAGACCCAAGCUGCUGAGAUCUGGGACAUGAGCGAUGAUGAAACACUCUGAAAGCUCAGUGAAUGAAGAGAAAGAUGACCCACUUCAGGGUGUGUUGGUCUGGUUUUUUGGUCAGUCAUAUGACAAAUUAAUGAUUGCUUACUUAACUGUGGCUGUUGUAAAUAGAAACACGUACGGUGCACAACUUUUAUUGGGAUGGGACAGUAUUGCAAUUCAAGGCACUUGUACUAUGAGUGUAAUUUCUCUUUCUAUUGUGUGUGAAAUAUAUAUAUAAGAGAGUUACAAUUAAAAUCUCUCUAUUUUUUUCAGCUUCUAAAUAUAGCUUAUAUUUAAAGUACCUCUGAAGAAAACUUCUUUGUUUAUUUUUCUCCCAGUUUGACUUUUUCUUUUAAGUAAACAUUCUGAACAAAUUAUGCCUUUUGAAACACUUCAGGGAUUUAUGGCCAAUGUAUCCUUGUCUCUGAGGUAGACAAUAAGAAAUUAGUCACAUUGAGAAUAAAUAGAAUGAGAGGGUCCACAUGUUUAGUCUCUCAAAAAGACAUUUCCUCUGGUUGUUUCUGUGUAUGGCAACACUCUAUAUAUUCUCAACUUUUAGUGCCUUUUUAAAAAAAAUGGUAGUUGAUAACUCAUCAUUUUCUUCCUUCCAAUACUAAUAGUCCAUCUCUGCUGCCUCCGUAGCGAGGUGAUUGCCAUGAGCCUCUAAAGUAUAAUGAAUUUAAAUAAUAAUAAGGAAAUCUAUGUUAUUUACUGUUUUUAAUACAAGUAUUAUUUUAUCUUCUUUGUCAGCACAUAAACAAUGAAACAGCUAUGCAGAAUCUUCAUGCUAGCAUUUUGUACCCUUUGUCAUUGGACUACUUUCUCAAAUCGUAUCUGGUUGCAGUCACAAAUCUGGAGAGGCUCAAAGUAGCCAGAUUAUGGCAUAUCAUGUUAACAGCAUACUUUUAAUCUGUAUAUUGCUCACUGAAUCUUGUCUCUACUUGAUUUCUUAUUUCUACUAAUUACGAAACCCCUGUUUAUUUCGUCUUACGUUUUCUAUCUAGUUAAUCUAGCUCUUGGGAAGGGGUGUGCAUUUUAAAAAAAAUCUCGACACUUAGAAGCUGUACGUUAGCAAUAGCAGAAAUAGGAAGUACAGUUCUCAUGUGUACGCAAGUGCAAUCUUUUAAUUUAAAAUAAUGAAAUUGCAUAAUGGCCUUCAGGCACUACUUGCUGAGGAAAUUCAACAUCUCUGAUGACAGACUAAAACUCUACACUGGGAAAAUUUAGUGUUCCGCAGCUUGCACUGAGUCACCAGCACAGACGUCAUUUGUAGAUAGUGAAACAGGAAACUCUGUUUUGAAAUUCUACAGUCUUGAUUAGCUGAGAGUCCAAAACAGCUCGGGGUCCCAGGAAUACUCUCCAAUGAAUGUCUGUCUUGACGCUUGGAUUAUCAAGAUUGAAUUUGUCAACUCUUUUUCCCCUCCGAGUUUUAGCUAUAUAUGACAUUUUAAGCACAGGGUAAUACGAUGUUUCCUUGCUUAGUAAUUCCAGUAACUUAGAGUUGUAUAAGACUGAGCUUGCUUCCUGUACAUAUGCUUCCCAGAUGUCUGUGCUGUGCAGAAGUACUCCACUGUGACUUAGAAAACCUUCUGUUGUUUAACUUUAUUGUGUUUUCCUCUCCCCUUACAAACCAGAAUGGCGCUCUUGCUUGCUUGCUUGUACGCUUGCUUCUAGGUGUGUUUUUCCCCCUUUGUAAAAUGUUUUAAGCACUUAAUUGAGGAAAACAUAAUGAAAGAUUUUAUUCUAAUGAAUGAAAUGUACAUUAAAAGAACUUCCAAAUACUUUUA